UGCAAGCUCUGCUCAGUGCUGGUUUUCAAUUCACAUUCAUCGGAUUGUUUCGUUAGCUCUCCGCUUAGAGAUGGGAAAUCCUUUUGUUACCUUUCGGUUUUCCAUAUGCUUUUUUCUGGUCUCUGUUCUUCUGGGUUCUACUAAAGCAGAGUCAGCGCCUGUUUCCAAAGCAAAAUCAUGUGGGUAUAAUAUGGAAUGUACGCCCCGAUACUUAUGUGAUAAGACUAAUACCGUAAUCAAAGAUGGAAGAGCUCUUAUCGAUUUUCGCACAGCCGUAUUCUCAAGAAAGGGCGCUCAGGUCUGUGACUGGUCUGAAGUUUGCUGUGCGCUGGCUGAUAAGAAAUCAGUUCCGGAGGAGGAAUACAUUUCGAGAGGCUGUGGCUAUAGCAAUCCGAAAGGUGUCCGAAUAACCAUAGAAAAUGGUGAUAACAACGAAUCGCAAUUUGGCCAAUUCCCGUGGAUGGUGGCCAUUCUUAAAGAGGAUUGCUCCAGCAGCCAAUGUACAUAUGUAGUUCUGGGCGGUGGCAGCCUCUUGGCGCCAAAUGUGGUCGUGACUGUUGCUCACAUUCUCCACAGAGGCUCGGUUUCUAAUCUCAUGGUGCGGGCUGGCGAAUGGGAUAUGCUAAGCAAAGCUGAAGCUUUGCCUCACGAGGAUCGCAAAGUGGCGACGAAAAUCAUUCACGAGAGCUUUAAUGUGGAAACCGGCUACAAUGACAUAGCUCUACUUCUGCUGAGUGAACCCUUUAAACUGAACGAGCAUAUUGACACCGUCUGCUUGCCGGGCCGGCAGCUCCUCGUCGAUUCGAGCCGCUGUCUCGUCACAGGCUGGGGCAAACGUAAUUUCCAGGAUCCAGACUAUCCACACCUAUUGAAGAAGAUCGAAAUGCCAUUGGUGAAUCAUGCCAAGUGCCAGGCACAGCUGCGCAAUACCCGCCUUGGCCCCUAUUAUGAGCUGCACAGCAGUUUCGUCUGUGCCGGCGGCGAGAAGGACAAGGACGCCUGUUUUGGUGAUGGUGGAGGGCCCCUCAUCUGUCCCAUGAGCAGCCUCUCUACUCGCUAUAAGCUGGUCGGCAUCGUUGUCGGAGGCCUGGACUGUGGCAAUGAGAAUGUGCCCGGUCUCUAUGCGAAUAUUAAUAUGCUGCAACCCUGGAUCGAAGCUAAGCUUAAGCAGUUUACAAUAGCAAUCUAAGCAUAUAUUUUUAAUAACUAAUCAAAAAUGUGCACAAGUUCAACGUUUCACAUGAUAUUCUUUUAAUUUAAA